AUGGGAAUGAAAUUUGAGUAUUGUCUAUUUUUGGGUUUUUUUUCUAUUAUAUGUAUUUUUGGGCAAGUACAAUGGAGCUCUGAUAAUUAUCCAAACCCAAGUAGUAAUCAAUUUCGACAAUGUAAUAUGAGAUCUAAAGCAAGUAUUUGUGAUCCUGAUCAAAUAUUAAGUGAAAAAGACAGAUAUCAUAUUAAUCAUGAAAUUCAACAACUUGAUGUUAAAACAAGUCAAAAUCAAGCACGUGAACAUUGUUUAAGAAAAGGUGUCAGUACAAUUGUUGCUUUGGGAAAACAUUUUGGUGAUGGUAGUCAAGAAAGUAUUAAAAAUAUAGCUAAUACUAUGUUACAAAAAUGGAAUUUAGAUUCACAAUGUAAAAAAAGUAUGAUUAUUCUUGUCGCUACAGAUGAUCGUAAAUUUUGGGUUGCAAGAGAUCCAUCUGUUCCUGUAUAUGCUGAUGAAUUUAGUCAAAUGUUUAAAGAAGAAGCUGGUAACUUUAAAUCUGGUGAUUAUCAUUCUGCUAUUGUAAAUAUACUAAAAAAAACUGCUGAUGUUGCUAAUAGUAAGAAAGAACUUAUUGGUGGUGGUGAUAAUCAACCUUCAGAACCAUCACGAGGUGGUAAUGUAGGUCCAACAGAUAAAGGAGGAAAACAAGGUCCUGAUUUUGGAGCAAUUUUAACUACAGCUAAAACUAUAUUCUCUAAAUUAGGAAUAUUUGCAUGGAUACUUUUAUUUGCUCUUGUUUCAAUGAUAUGUUGUUGUGGAUGCCUUUAUUUAUGCUGUUGUAGAAGUAAAAGUUCUCCCCAAAAUGAUCCUGAAAAUCCAGAUCAACCUAGACAAGGUGGUGGUAAUCCUAUUUCUGGAAUGUUACAAUCACUAGGAAUAGCUAGAAUUAUUCAAAUGGCAAUUCCUUUCAUUAGAAAUUUAAUAAGUGGUGGAGGAAGUAAUCAACCUCAAGGAGGUCAAGGUAAUUAUUCGCCAGGAGUUAAAACAAAUUCUGGUCCUACUCCAAUGUAUCCAACUAAACAAGUUAAAGAUGAAGGAGGCGGAGGUGGUUGGUAA